AUGCCUUCGAUAGCAGACGAUGAUGAUGACCGCGAUAUUAUCGGGUCGCAGGACGGAAGUUCCGACAAUGAUCUCGACGAUCCCAUGAGAGACGCGGACGCGGACGCGGACGACGGCGACGGCGACGGCGACGGCGACGGCGACGGUGACGGUGACGGCGACAAUGAUCCAGAGGUCGACGCCGACCCGGAACCAGACCCCGAGAGUCCUUCAAAUAACAGCCAGGUAUCAGACGGCGUUGGAGACGCCUCUCAGCAAAACGCCGACGCCUCUAUAACCUCGCCGAGAGACCCCAAUGCGGCGUCCGAUUACCUCGCAGCCUUUCGUCCGACUGUGCGUCCAGAAUGCCUCACAGCUUCCACUUUCGACAUUGUGCCUACAACGGCUGCUCCUCACAGCACUUCCAUCAAUGCGGUGACAGCCACUGCGGAUAUGAGAUGGGUAUUCAGUGGGGGGUCGGAUGGAUACGUGCGAAAGUUCAACUGGGUGGAUUCGAUCAACGGCAAACUGAUGUUGACUGUUGCUCAAAGACACCCUUUCGUGGAUAGUGUGGUCAAGGCUGGCGUAUUGAUGACAUACUGGGAAAACAUGGAUGGGAACGCUCUCUCUCCUGUCUACUCACUUGCAGCUCACAGCCAAGGACUCUGGCUGCUUACUGGCCUGGAAUCGGGUAGCAUCCGUCUUCAAACCAUCCGCCACGAAGAGGUUUCGGUGCUGAACCUGACGCCGGACGAGAAGUCGCUUUUGUCAGGCAGCUGGGAUAAGAAGGUUCUGGACUGGGAUUUGAACACUGGUCAGACAAGACGUACCUUCACGGCGAGCGCUGGGCAAAUCUCAGCAAUUGAGAUUCGUCCAGAAUCGAGUGUUCCUGUUCCGCAGGAUACCAUCGACGUCCACCAAACCAAUGGCACCUAUUCGUCAAACAAUCAAGCGGAGACUUUCGGCUUCAUGAACGGUGCGGGCGACCACAAGCCCGGCGACGGCUCCAACCCCCAGGAAGGGUCGCCCGCAGACUCGCUCUUUGGAGGAGCGGAUUCGCUUUUCGGCGAUGCAGAUGGGGCUGUGGCUGACGGGGGAGCCCCGUCAGGUGAUGGCUUUAAUGAGGAAGAUGACAUGUUUGGCGGUGGGCUUGCAAACGGGGACCAGCAAUCCGGACAGGACGCACAAGGCGAGCCUGGGGGACCAGUACAAUCUAAUGGGGUUCAGGACCCGGCGCUCCCGUCGAUGGAUGCGGACCAAAAUGCUGCUGGUCCCGAUGCAGCGGCGGGAUCGAAUCCUACGGAGCCGCCUGCUGCGGUGAGCGAACCUGCUGUCAAUGGACUGCCUCAUGCCGAGGAAUUAGAGCCCUCAACCGCUGCUCAGGACACGCAAUCGUCAGAUCAGACGUCCAACAUCAUGACAGACCACACCUUCCUCGCAUCGUCGAUUGACGGCACAAUCCGGGUUUGGGACCGCCGGCAGCCGGACCCGGUUGCCCGCAUCUCGCCUCGCAAUACGCCGCCAUGGUGCAUGAAUGCGUGCUGGUCUCCCGACGGCAACUACAUCUACGCCGGCCGUCGGAACGGGACGGUGGAGGAAUUCAGCCUGCACAAGGGUCUGCGGAGUCCGGAACGAGUCUUCAAAUUCCCUCAGGGCAGUGGAGCCGUGACUGCGGUCAAGGCGAUGCCAAACGGGCGACAUCUUGUUUGCGCAUCCCACGAUAUCCUCCGUCUCUACGACCUCAAGGCCGAACCUACGCGCCACUCGACCGUUCCAUUCCUCAUCAUCCCCGGUCAUCGGACGGGUGUCGUCUCGCAACUGUAUCUUGACCCGGCAUGCCGCUUCAUGAUUUCCACGAGCGGGAACCGAGGCUGGGAAGGUAACACAACGGAGGUGCUACUGGGAUAUGAGAUCAAUGUCCCUUGA